AUGCUGGAAGCUAUUCGGCCAACACUCCCACCAAACAGACACCCAAAUACAGGCUAUCAGGGCUCUUCUUCUUUGGAUUCACUAUUGGGUAACGUCCGCCAGCAAACCAUGUUGCUUGGGAAUCUGGAGGUUAGUUCGACCUUGCUUCCGGUCGGGCGGGAUGAUGAGGGGCCAGCUUAUUCUACGGCUCAUUUCAUGAACAACGCUUCGACAAUUGAGGGCGCACAGCUGUUGGAAGCACUUGUCAGCUCUAAAAUACAUAACGUCAUUGAGCGUUUGUUCGUUGACUGGAAGGGAAAUGGACUCGAGUCGCAUGUCGGCGCAUUCCUCAUUCAGCCAUUCGCUGAUGCAAUCAUUAAAGAAAUUGUCACCUUACAGCAGUCGGAAAAUUUACGAUCUGAUCUGUUGGCCUUAUCGCAGCGUCUGUUUGAAAAUAGUAGUCGUGCUGUGGAUAUACAUCGUUUAAUGACGCUACAAGGUUUCAUCGACCAGUAUACAGGUCCGAAUCUCCGCUGGGAGACAAUGGGAGUAAUCCUGACACUUGUGGGUAUUGCCGCAACUGAGUUUCGUGCACCAUAUACUCUGUAUCGAACAGAACAAGAACGACAAACCCUGAAGAUGAACCUGAUUCAAUUUGGAAACAGAUGUGCAAUAUUUUGCGAGGCAUUGGACGUCCUCAAUGACGUUCAUAUCCUGUUUCUGUAUCAGACAUUCCAGGUGCAGUCUGUCUUUUACGGAGAUCAAAGUACGCUACAAUCCCCUUUCCGCCUUCUUAUGCAUCAAAAUGACAAUUUGGCAGGUCUUAAAACAUGGCGCCGACUCAACGACGCCGCCUGUGCUCUACUUGCCGCUGGGCUUCACGAGAGCAUCCAAGAAGCGUGCGACAUUCCGUUCUUUCUGCUUGAAGUGCGAAAGCGUAUCUUUUCCCGCUUAUACAGUAUCGAUAUCAGCUUAGCGACAUUUCUCGGACGGCCACCGCGUAUGAGCAAGAAUUUUUGCCGUAUCAACCUGCCCCUUGAUAUUGACGAAAACUGUUAUUCUCUCUCGGACUCUGCUCUGAGUGCAGAGCUGGAAAAGCUUGACCACGCUGGAUGGAAUUCGGAGGGUCACAUUCGACUGAGCGCCGUUAUGCGAUGGUCAACCGUUACGGCAAUGAUUCGAGAAGAGACAUUGGAACUACUUCUGGGCGGGAACAUAUCUAAUAUGCAAAGGCGGAUAAUGUGCGUCACUUGUCUCAAUUCAUACAGCCAAUUAACUCAUCGUUCACAGUAA